GCCGAGCCAGAUGCGCGCGCAAUACCUCGCGCCAAUAACUCGCCGCAAAACACGGCAAGCGCGCGCCUUCACAGUCCACCCUAUCGAUGCACGGUCGAGUAAAACGUGCACACACCCGAUACAAAGUGAAAAUUUUGUGUUAAAUCAGUGAAAAUAUUUUGUAACAUCGUUAAGUUGGUUGUAUCGACACAGCUUCCUCUGCGUUGUUUAAUUUCAUAUGUCACUGCUGCAAUACUGACUUUGAGAUGGGUGAGCAUAUAGGGCGGAAAGCGCAAGCGCGCUGAGUUGGCAUGUGGGCGCGCGCGGCACGAGUGCUGCGGCGCGUAGCGCUGCUGGUCCCGUUGCUGCUGACGGCACUUGCACUGCUGCUGCUGCCGCGGCCACCGCAGUAUAGCCCACCCGCAAGGUUGCCGUCGCCGCCACCACAGCCGAGGGAAGAAGCCCAUAUCCAGAACUCCAUAACUGAGGAUGAGAUCCAGUUAAACAGCAUUAACCAAGAUAUUGAGGAGGAACCCAGACUGCCUUGGUUUAUGUCUGGCGGCGAACAACGACCUUGGCAUCACGAUCCUCAUGCUAGACUAUUUCCAGAAGAUGCACCCGGCGAUGACAGAAUCGUUGAACAAUUAACUUAUACGCUACCAAAAGAUGAGGAAGUACCAGUAAAAAAGAUAUUAUUGGCAAAUGGGUUAGGGACCUGGGGAGUUGCCGGUGGAAGGACAGAGUUUAUUAGAAACAAGUGUCCCGUGGACGCAUGCACCCUCACGGCGGAUGCUAGAGAAGCCGCCAACGCGGAUGCUAUACUGUACAAAGAUCAUCACAUUCCUUUUAAUGUGAAACGACCUCCUAACCAGAUUUGGAUUCUCUAUUAUUUGGAAUGCCCAUACCACACGGCAUCCCUCAGGCCCACAUCAUUAGACGUUUUCAAUUGGACGGCGACAUAUCGCCGGGAUUCAGACAUUGUCGCUCCUUACGAAAAAUGGGUGUACCACGAUACUCUGUUCACAGAAAAGGAGCCAGAGAGGAAUUAUGCAGCAAAUAAAACAAAGAAGGUAGCAUGGUUCGUUUCCAACUGCCACGCUCGCAAUCGUCGGUUACAGUAUGCGAGACAGUUAUCCAAAUUUAUUUCCGUGGACAUCUACGGUGCUUGCGGGUCGCACCAUUGCCCACGCGCCGAUCCCAACUGUUUGGAAAUGCUUGAUAAGGAAUACAAGUUCUAUCUCGCCUUUGAAAACUCAAAUUGUCGCGACUACGUUACGGAAAAAUUCUUUGUGAAUGGUCUCCAACAUGAUGUGCUACCGAUAGUGAUGGGAGCACGUCCAUCAGAGUACGCAGCAGCGGCACCGCACAAUUCAUAUAUACACGUUGAAGAGUUCGCUGGGCCUGAAGAGCUCGCGGCUUAUCUACGUCGCCUCGAUGAAGACGACACUCUCUACAACUCAUACUUCAAGUGGAAGGGCACAGGAGAGUUCAUUAACACGUACUUCUUUUGUCGCGUAUGCGCAAUGGUACAUGCGAACGCACGCCGGCAACGCAACGCUCACUACACCGACGUGCAAGGCUGGUGGCGUGACGCCGCCUGCACGCGAACAGACUGGCGUGCCUCGUCUCGUGACCCACCAUAACCGAGCCGCAGAUAAAUUAUUUAUUACGCAUUUGAAGCCUUACUAAUAAAAACUGUAUAGCUGGUGAUUAGUUAUGUUUUCUAUGUCAAAUAACUGUAGCCUUAGUAUAAGAUUUGCUCGCUCGCAAUCGAGGAUUGGUUUCCGCAUGUGUCUAUGGACUUUAUAGGUACUAGUAGUACUAGUUUUAGUGCCGCAAAUCCAGCACUUCUGAUUUUAAUUUUACAAAUGUUCAGCUGAAGAAUUUCAGACAAAUUUGAGCUUUAAAAUUAUACGAGACAUUUUACUCCAAGCCCCAAGAUGGUAUAUUUCGGAACUCGAAAACGAUUCCUAAAUUGCGAGCGAACAAAUUUUUUACUAAGGGUAAAGUUAUUUGACAUUCGAAAGGAGGAAACAAAACAUUAAGUAACUUACACAACUUUUAUUAGUCAAGGGGUUUUUAUGUAUAGUUUAUAUCAUAACUCAAAAGUUAUAUAAUAUACCUAAGAGUUAAGGCAGAGCCAAGGAGAGCUAAGUUAAAUAAUGUUAACGUAGGUACGUGUCAACACUGCUGCAAUUUAUUUAAGUGACGGAUGCGUAACUCCGGAGUUACCACUGGAAAGUGGCGAAGUGAGCCGAGCAAAGAUGUGCAAGAAUAGAUCAAAAUAUGAAUCUAUUGGUACCUCUGGGUCUUGAGCACAAAUGUUUUGAGCUUUACGUUAAUUCAUUCAUUUACACUUUAUUUAUUUUUUUACUCUUACAAAACUACUUGCAAUCGUUGUCUUAAAAGGGUUAGUAUUACAGAGUCAAUCAAAACAAAGAAAACUCUCACUAGUUACUCAUUGUACUCAUACAAAUAAUAUCGAUUGAUGAUAUAUUAGAGAGGUCGAAAAGGUGGAUACUUUAAAGACACGACUUAUUCUUAUAAACUUAUUCUAAUAAUUUAAGUAUUGACCUACCGAUCGAUUAUUUCCUAGAAAAAUUAAAAGUUCAACUAUCAUCUGACCUCGCUUCCUUAAAAAAAACGCAGAGGAAAAGUAAUAAAUAAAAGAAUUAACUCGGUUGCAAAUAACAAACAAGCUUAAAUUAAUCACUUUUCAAAACGACGCGUUUGGAAAUAUACUUCAUAAAUGUGUUACAAAUGUACCUACUGAUAUUUCAGAUUAUUUGGAAUAAUCUGUAUUUUCAUGUACUGCAGUAUCAGGUGAAACUGUAUGUGAACAAUGUAACAUAUGUAGGUAUACCUACAUAACAGAAACUUGAAUCAUUCCAUGUGUCAUUUAAAUAAUUAUAUGUAUUCGCGUCCAUUAUUGUAUGUCCAUGGCAAGUUCCAAUGGUAUUGUUAAAAUAAGUGUUUAGCUACCCGCCGUAUUAUAACAUAGGAUAUUUUAAUACAUGUUAUAGUUGCAAUGCCUCUAAAGAUUCUUAUAACAAUAAGAAUCUAUAAAAGGAUUAGAUAAAUGUGGCUUCGUCGUUAGCACAAAGUGUAGUCGUGAACGAGACCUGAUUGUAGGUAAUACAAAAACUGAGUCGAUUUGUGUAAAAAAUAUAUUAUCCGUUUGAAUGAUUAUUCACUCUGACCGGAAGUUUGGCUACGCCAUUAAUGAUUUUUAUAACAUUUCUAAUAAUUUAGAUAAGCAUUUAAAUGCGCACAUCUAAGCGCUUUACGAAUUUAUACUUAUCCUUCUUAUUACUUAUUUUAUUUUAUAAUUGAUUAUCGCAAUUUUUGUACUUAAGUUUUUACUAAAUUUUUAAAUUUGUUAAGUGUGCCUGGAAAAGUGACUGUAUAAUUGUAAAAUCAGUUUUAGUGAGAUCUAGAUUAUCACUAACAUUCCAUGAAGUUUAAUUAAUACUUAGUAUGCGUAAUAAGGGUACAAAAAAAUAUUAUUUAAGGAAGUUUUUUUAUUAAAUCUUGUAAGGGGAUUUUAUUUAGUCUUAAAUAUUUCAUUUU